AUGAUCAUGUUCAAAGCCAAAUCCACCACCGCCUUCACCAGCGUCAAAAACAAGGUCGCAGCGGCACUCAAAGCGCCAGUCAUGCCUCCACCCAUGAAACGCGCCAACCUCUCCGCUGUGUCCAAACAGACCACUUAUCCACGCGGGAUCCUUGUCAAACCAACCCAACCCGCCGUUUCACGCCUACCGGUUGAUUUUGGCCGUCGAGUGGUCGCAUCGUGCAGCGGGUAUUCCAGAGGGGCGAGCGGAUCGACAUGGGGGACUGAAAGCUACUACAGCUCUUGCUUGGUCUCCGCCGCGGGCCCCGCCGACGACUGUGGAAGCCCCCUUCCGAUGCCGCCCCUGAUGACUGACCACGUCUAUGAAUCGGACCCUCCGAGCCCAGCACCCAUAUCGGUCGUGCCAUUCCCGCGGCGCACGGGUGUAUGGGACGGCGACUCUCUCUCAAGAGGAACAUCGCACAGCUGCUGCUGUUCCUCCUGCUGUCCCUUGUCCGCCUCUUCCUCUGUCGACUCAGCCGAUGGUCGUGGCGACUAUAUCAGUCCCCCCCCUCCUUUCAUGUCUCUGAACGUCUCAGCGUCUCAAACAUCUCCUCGUGCACCUCAGACGUCUCAGAGCCCCAGUCCAAGUCUCAGCGUCAGCCCCUGCUCCACGGCCACACCCACUCCGGCCCCCCGACGCCCCAAACUCGUCAAUCGCCCCGCCGCCCAAAAGGUGCGAGGGCCCGUCCUCGCCAUCCACCAGAUGCGGGGCUGCGAGUACUUUGGUAUAGUCAACGACGCCGAGGAGCAAUGGAUGGCGGAUGACCCUGUCAUUCGUAACCUCCACGACGCCGAAGCCUCCGUUUCAAACUCUUCCUCCCAACUCGAUUCUAGCGAACUCACCUCAGAGUCCGCUGUCGACAACAUCACCAAGUUGAGGAUGGAGGAGAUGUUGGGAGCUCGACCGGGCGGCGACGCGAGUUAUCAAGGCUUGAGUAACACUCUGGGUGUUCCUGAGCUUAACGAGCUCGAGCUCCAGUGGCUUUUGGUUAAUAUGAGGGAUUUUGUGAUGAGUCCUAGGGCGAUGGAGUGGUACGCUUUCUUCUCCUUUCUCGUUGGGCCUGCCCUUAUUUAUUGUUGA